UCAAGUUUUGAGGCGGCAUUCGAUUGUUUUGUCAAUACCUGAGCUGUUUCUUAACCACAGAGGAGUGAAUUUCAUUAAAAGAUGAAAAUCGAGGAGGUGAAGAGCUCUGCUAAAACGCAGAGAAUAUCAGCUCACACUCAUAUAAAAGGUCUAGGUCUUGAUGAGAAUGGAGAAGCGAUACAAUCAGCUGCCGGCCUCGUGGGUCAGGCUCAAGCACGAGAGGCCGCCGGCAUCAUCGUGGACCUCAUCAGGUCGAAGAAAAUGGCAGGUAGAGCAGUUCUUCUGGCAGGUCCACCAGGUACUGGUAAAACCGCUAUUGCCCUAGCUAUUGCCCAGGAACUAGGAAACAAAGUACCUUUUUGCCCGAUGGUGGGAUCAGAGGUCUACAGUUCGGAAAUAAAAAAGACAGAAGUCCUCAUGGAGAAUUUCAGACGAGCCAUUGGUCUCAGGAUAAAGGAGACCAAAGAGGUUUAUGAAGGGGAAGUGACGGAAUUAACGCCCGUUGAAACUGAAAAUCCCAUGGGAGGGUACGGUAAAACUGUAUCACACGUCAUCAUCGGGCUCAAGACGGCAAAGGGCACAAAGCAGUUGAAGUUGGAUCCCUCGAUUUAUCAGUCACUUCAGAAGGAGAAGGUUGAGACAGGGGAUGUGAUUUACAUCGAGGCCAACAGUGGAGCUGUCAAGAGGCAGGGAAGGAGUGAUAAUUAUGCUACGGAGUUCGAUCUCGAAGCUGAGGAGUAUGUGCCACUUCCUAAGGGUGAUGUUCAUAAGAAAAAGGAGGUCAUUCAGGACGUUACUCUUCAUGAUCUCGAUGUGGCCAAUGCCAAGCCACAAGGGGGACAGGAUAUCAUGUCGAUGAUGGGGCAACUGAUGAAACCGAAGAAAACUGAAAUCACUGAUAAAUUGCGAAAGGAGAUUAACAAAGUGGUGAAUCAAUACAUCGAUCAGGGAAUUGCGGAGUUGGUUCCAGGUGUUCUCUUCGUCGAUGAAGUUCACAUGUUGGAUAUCGAAACGUUCACCUACCUCCACCGCUCCCUAGAGAGUGCCAUCGCUCCAAUCGUUAUAUUCGCCACAAACAGAGGACAUUGUGUCAUCAGAGGAACAGAAGACAUCGUGGCACCCCAUGGCAUUCCCCUCGAUCUCCUCGAUCGGCUACUCAUCAUCAAAACACUUCCGUACUCAAAAUCGGAGAUUGAACAGAUUGUAAAACUCAGAGCUGUCACAGAAGGCCUUCAACUGGAGGACGAGGCGUAUGUAGCCCUUGGGGACCUUGGUACCACCACUACCUUGCGUUAUGUCGUUCAAUUACUGACACCUGCAGCUCUCACUGCCAAAGUAAAUGGCAGAACGACGAUCAAGAAAGAGGACGUCGAGGAAGUCGGAGGGCUUUUCCUCGAUGCCAAGUCCUCAGCUAAAAUAUUGACUCAACAGAAAGAUAAGUUUAUGAUGUAAAUUAUGAUAUUUCGUUUUAUCUCAGGAAUAAAUAAAUUUUUACCAUUAA